CUAAUCAGUGUAGAGUGGUUCAAAAGUUAUAUAUAAGUUUAUGAACAUCUCGGAAAUGGGAAUAGUUUGGAAUAGAGAUUUAUUGUUGGCGAUAACGGGGAAUUAAACAUGAUUGUGAAAGGACGGGAGUUUGUAGCAGACAUUUUGUUCGCGACGCUGUCCAUGUGGUUAGUUGUAUCCGAAGCGGACUGUUCUGCAGAAGCUCCUGUUGAAUACUACGAAUACAUAUUGCCAAAUCUGCCUAACACUACGUAUGACUUCAAUGAUAUAGUCAUUUUGCCAAGAGAUCGGGAUGACGCCACAGUAACAAUUCUAAACGCAAGUGGAGAACUCAUUUUUGACAAAACAACAGUCAACAUCGGAUCAGAUUUUCGCCUGAAUGUAACCGACAAUAACAUAAGUUAUACAGAACUUUUAGCAGGUUUGCGCAUGCGCACAUCCAUCGAAUGUGACGUUGUCAUAAAUCUGUCAGGCAUACCGCUUCAUCUGGUGUCCACCGUUCAAUUUGAAACAAAGCAUCAACUAAUUAGUGACCAGCAAGAGAUUCUGGAGAAAUGUAUGUUCGUAUCUGCACUAAUUCAGGCGUCCAAGCAGGACACAGUCGCUAAUAUCUGCCAAUUUUGGGCGCGCAACGCCACAGUGGACAGCAAUUCCGAUGCUGUGUCUCGGCCGAUGGCAAUGCCACUGUUACCAUUUAUGCGUCUGGAAAACAGAGCAGGUGGAACAUAACUUAUGCCGUUUCCCGUCGUGUUGAAAAUGUUCCUGUCAACCGUAAUGGCGUAUAUCUCGUGUCAUCAGUCCCG